AUGCACGCCGCAACGCUUCUCGCCCUCUUGCCCCUCGCGGCCGUUGCCGCCCCCUCCAAGCGUGCCCAGCCCGCCCCCCUCAUCAAGCCCCGCGGCUCGACCCUCGUCGCCGACAAGUACAUUGUCCGUCUCAAGAACGAGGCCAAGACGGGAGCCCUGCAGAGCCUCAUGAGCACCUUCUCGGCCGACGCUGACCACGUCUAUAACUUUGGUAACGCCCUCCGCGGCUUCUCGUCGACCCUGAACGCCACCGAGAUCGAGAAGCUCCAGAACAGCCCCGACGUCGACUUCAUCGAGCAGGACGCCAUUGUGACAAUCAAGGCCACGCAGCGGAACGCUCCAUGGGGCCUUGCCAGAAUCUCGAGCCCCGAACCCCGGUCCACCACAUACAGCUACGACGAGAGCGCUGGAGAGGGCACCUGUGCGUACAUUGUCGAUACCGGCAUCGACAUCGACCACCCUGAAUUCGAGGGCCGCGCAAGCUUCCUCGCCAACUUUGCCGACGAAUCCAACGUCGACGGCCAGGGCCACGGCACACAUGUCGCGGGCACGGUGGGCUCGGCGACGUACGGGGUGGCCAAGAAGACGACGCUCUUCGCCGUCAAGGUGCUCGACUCCAACGGCGAGGGCACCAACUCGGGCGUCAUCGCCGGCAUGGACUUCGUCGCCGCCGACGCGGCGGGCCAGAAGGGCUGCACCAAGGGCGUCGUCGUCAACAUGUCGCUCGGCGGGCAGAGCUCCGAGGUCGUGAACCAGGCGGCCGCCGCCAUCGUCAAGGCCGGACACUUCUUGGCCGUCGCGGCGGGCAACGAGGCCGCCGACGCCUCGACCUCGUCGCCCGCGAGCGAGGAAAGCGCCUGCACCGUCGGCGCGACCGACAUUGACGACGCGCUGGCCGAGUACUCCAACUUUGGCACCAGCGUCGACAUUCUCGCCCCCGGAACCGACAUCAAGAGCACAUGGCCUGGCGACAGCACCAACACCAUCUCUGGCACUUCCAUGGCCAGCCCCCACGUCGCCGGCCUUGCCGCCUACUUCCUCGGCCUCGGCUCCGCGCCUUCGAACCCCGUCGAGCUGUGCAACUACAUCGCCGAGAUCGCCCUCGACGGCGUCGUCGGCCAGGUGCCCCGCAGCACCGCCAACAAGCUCGCCAACAACGGCUUCGCCGGAAACGGCACCGCCAAGCGCACGGAUGGUCCCGUUAUUAGCAGGAAGCUGAACAAGAAGUUCUCCAUCCGCGCAUAA